AUGAAUUAUUCAUCAGGACAACGAAUUCCAAAUCGUUAUUCAUCACAAUCAUCGGAAGGUGUAGGUGGUUGCUUGAAUCCAGGUCACGGAGCGUCUAGACGUCCAAUGUACAAGCGAGAGGAAGAACUCUCGCCCACUUGUACAAUGCCUAUCACCAUGCAUCACUCACAUUUCACAUCAAAUACGAUUGAUGGUGGAUCAUUUCAUGAACCAUCAGGACAACGCAACGAUGUGGUUAAAAUCGUUUGUAUUUCUGAUACUCACAAUGGACACAGUGCACCACACUUUGAUCAUCAAAUUCGACAAAUUAAAGGUGACAUUCUGAUCCACGCAGGUGACUUUAGUAAUCAUGGAUCACCUGCAGAAGUUGAAAAGGUGCUCUCCUGGCUGAAAUCUUUAAACAACUUUGAAUACAAAAUAUUAAUAGCUGGAAAUAUGGAUGGAAUUGAUUUAGAUGAUGCUCAAUAUGAUAGUGAGACACGACGUCGACAAUUUUCUCACACCGGUAGUGGCAUAAUCUAUUUGGAAAACGAGAGUUGUAAUGUGCGUGGUAUUAAUAUCUAUGGCUGUCCAUAUACACCCAAAUUUUGUGGUGGUUUUCAAUAUGAGCGACAUUCAAGAAAUACCAGGGAAUUGUGGAACAUGAUUCCUCACAAUUGUGAUAUUUUAGUUUCUCAUGGACCACCUCAGGAUAUAUUCGAUCAAACAAGCCGAGGUACCAUUUAA